GUUUUUUUACACAUGUAUCAUUCCCCACUCAACGGAAGCCAGCUUCAACGAAACCUCAAUUCCCAUGAUCCAUUAUCAUUCAUUCCAACUAAUAUGGGGUUCGCGAUAUUGAAAAAUCAUUCAGUAGCUGUGUAUACUUUUCUUUCAAUGGUAUUUAUUCUCGUCGAGUCCAUCAAUAUUUAUGGACUUACAGAUAUAUUAUCUGGCAGCUCCGAUGAUAUGGCAAGAUAUAUUCCAAUGAUAGCAAUGAUGCAACCUGGAUGUAUCAGUCUUAUUCUCAUUCGCACUUACGUUCAUUUUUGUGUGAAUUACCAAGAUAAGAUAUUCGAGGAGUUCUGUUCACUGAAUAAUACAGACACUCAUUUCCAGAAGAAACUAUCACGUGACAGAAAAGCUGCAAUGUAUAUAAGCAUCAUCUACUUUUUAUUCGUACAAGUCGUCUUCAUAGCAUUCAUGGUUCCUGCUGUUGGAGACGAAUAUGAUUGCAUUUAUGUCUUCAAAAUGAUUCAAGAUGCUGGACAAUAUUAUGGCAUCAUUCUCAUGAUUUUGUUAGCAGUCUGUGUCAUCGUUAUUUCUGUUGCUACAGCCUAUCCUCCUGUUGUUGCUCUUUACUUCGUACUGCAUCUCAAGUUUCAGACUGACCUUCUUAAUCACUAUUUGGAGAAAAAUAUCAAGAAUCUGACUUCAGCUCGAGUGAAUCCAAUGCAUGAUAUAAAAUUUCAGAAGAUAAUUUAUCAUCGAUUGACAGUUUGUGCUGAAUACCACGCAAAAAUGAGGAAGUACCAACAGAAUUUAUCGUCGCCAUCCCACUCCACAGCUCUGCUACUGUAUUUAUCUACUUGUCUCAUGUUGACGGGAGGACUCUUUUUCAUAAUCGCAGAAAUCAGUGCAUCUAGCAACUUCAGAAUCUACCUCUCUUUUGUCAGUGGUGCCGCCGAGGCCUUAUUAUUCACAUGUAGUGGACAAAUCUUGGUGGAUGUGUCUAAUCGAUAUUAUGAGAUAUUAUGUGAAUGUCCAUGGUACAAUUGGAAUAUAAGGAACCGAAAAGCAUUGAUGAUGAUGUUAGCAGGUGCAGCUCAGCCAUUCAAAAUCACAUUCUUUGGUAUAGCAGAACUGGAUUUCGGAUUCAUAUUGAAGCUUUCAAAAACAACGUACAGUUUACUAGCAGUUGCUAGAAAUAUGAAGUAGUUGAUGUUUCAUCAAGGAUUCAUCAUUUGUAGCAUGAUUGUCAACAUCAAUCAGAAUGUUGUAGCAGCACUGGAGUAUACUAUCUCACACGAUUCCUAUGAAAACUUGAUUUCAAAGUACUACAGAUGAGGAAUAACAAUUUUAUUGUAUAUUAACGAUUUUCGGAAUACAAUUCCCUUCGAUUGAGAUACGAAUUAUUAGAAUACUUGUGUGCGAUGUGAUUCCUUAGAUGGUUUCCUGAAGAUUUUCUAGGUAGAAGAGUAAACUAAAAAAACAUCACA